ACAAGCACCGUGUGCCGCGGGCUUAAGAUUGGGCGUGUGUUGCGUCGAAUUAGUCAGCUACUGUGUUCCUGCUUGUCAAGUGUAAAUUUGUACGAUAUAGUCCCCAGCCAUAACUAAAAAAGAAAAAGAAGAAAUUUGUACGAUAUUUUUAUUCUUUUAAAUGAUACAAUAAAAAAAAUGAAAGACUUAUCCUACAUUUUACUACUCGUAACGUGCCUUACGUGGCAUGUUGCUGUUAUAGCUGAAAAUAAACAUCAAUGCCAAAUUCCACUAGUUGUGAGAGGAAUUUGGUUUUCAUGGGAAAAUGGAAGAAAUACUUUAACAGAAAUGAAUGAUGUUAGCAUGACUGGACGGGGUGUAUGUGUAGAUAUAUUAAAUGAAUAUAAUGCUAAUUAUACAUUUGUAUUUCGUGAUCUUAAAGCUGCAACCAUAAACAACAGCUGUUAUCACUGUGUAAAAAUUAUUAUCAGAACAAUAAAUGUCAUAGAAAAGCUUGAAGUAAGUUGUGUGAAUGUUCCCAGUGACAUGGAACCCACAGUGCAGAAUGUUUGCAAGGGUUUAAAUGCAAAUCAGCAACUGAUAACAUUAUUUGCUGAAAAUUAUUCACCUGUGAACUGUAGGUCAUCUUUGGAAGGAGUCUGGCAGUUUGCUUAUCAGAACCGAUUCCGAUUUACGGGCGAAUGUAAUCAUCCAGAUGCGCAAAUUAAAUCUUGCCAAACUCCAGGAACUCAAUUUCUCAUAACUAAUAUGAAAUUUAACAUUACCUACAAAAAAUGUCUUGGGAUGAAGGGGACCUUUGAUGGAUUGGUAGAAUACAGUUGUUUGGGCGAUUGGUUUGUGAACAAGAAUCACUUCUUCGCUGUAGCAAAUACAAAGGAAUCCCGGAAAGACGAGAAAUACAGAUGUUUCUUAAAGAAUCGCGACGACGAUUUGUACAUUGGUGUAUCUAUUACCGCAGAGUGUAACACUCUUAAAACAGUUGAGAAGAGUCCUGAACGUUUGAGGAUUACUCCAGUUAAGUCUGAAUUAAUCGAACCAGGCUGCCGUUUACCUGAAGACAUGUAUGGAGAGUGGAUCAAUACUGCUAAUAUUGAAGCGGACAUUUUCAUUAAUGAAACACACAUUAUUGAGACGUGGUGGCCAGAUGAAGCACGUUAUCGACGCACGAUUUAUGUUUGUCGUGAACAAAGGGAUUCAAGGGUGAUGAUGGCGAGAUUAGCCGUGGAUGGAUGUCAAAUAGAUUACAUUUGUUAUGAUUUCGUGCGGCGACACCAUAAUAUUAUCAGAUUCCGACGUGGUAUGGCGGUGAUAAAGGAUGAUUUUCAUACAGUGUGCUCCUGGGUCCAAUUUCCUAAUAAAAAUGCUUGGAAGUACGAUUUAUUUUUAGCGAAAAACCCUGUUCCGGUGCGCUGCCCAAUAGCCGGAAAAUAUAUGUUUCAUCAGAAAGGGGAUGUUCUCUUUGAGACUAGGAUUCUAGGUGGUGUCACUAAAUCUCCACGUCCGAAUAUUUAUUGUAAACAGAAUAUUUCUGAUUUCUCAGUCUGCAGUACUGAUCAAAAGGAGAUUGCCAUCGACGAGACAUAUUGCUUAUCAGUAGAUCACUUAGGAAAACCGGUUGAUAUUUACAGUGAUCCGGACUACGUGAUGAAGUGCAUCGGAUAUUGGAAGGAGAAUUUAAAGUCAUAUUUAAUAACAUAUGAUGAGUUGGAUCCUUACAGCAAAUAUCGCUGCUGGGUCUAUCAGCGGGCUGAUUUAAAUAGAGUGCUCAUGUCUCAAGCCGUCGGUUCGUAUUGCGAACUCAAUCAGGACGUUACGAGUUCUAAUCAAUUGGAACAUGCCGCAGUUGCGCUGGAGUUACAAGAAUACGAACGAGAACGUGACCAAUGUCCGAUGCAUUUCGACGAUGGAGGCAAUCCUUGGGUUCCAACAGAGAAUUUCGUUCAGGUCUUCCAUUUUGGAAACAGUGCUAAUAUAAAGAGCCACUUCUCAUUCUUAUUCAUUAUACCACUAGUAGUAGCAUUUUAUCCAAUGUGAAUAUUUUUAAUUGCACAAGAAGCAAAUCAUUUUAUUAAUUCUUAUAAAAUUUAGCUAUAGGCAUUUAAGCUGAAACAAAGUUUAGUACUAGCACUAAACGCAUUCCGUCCAUUUUAUAAUUACAUAGCAAUACGUGCCUUAAAUUCAUACUAAUGAGAUAAUAUUAAAGCUGUUCAAAAAUUGAUCAUUAAGAUACAGUUUACCAAAAGUUAUAAGAAUAUUUUAUUGAACUUUACGAUUCAAUAUAGAUUUGAUCAAAUGAUCAAUUUUGAAGUCUAUUAAUAUAAAUUAAAUGAAAUUUAAAAUUUGACUUUUUAUAUUACAUUUAUGUAUGUAUUUAUAUUAACAUAACAAUCCAUUAAGAUACUGUUCUAAUAUCUCAUCAAAAAUAGAAUACUCUUAUCUUUGAUGUUACACAUAUAAGUACACGAUAUAAUGUUAUACAUAUAUAUGAUAGUAUACUUUAUCUCAAAUUUUAUUAGAAAUCCGUCCAUUUAUAGAAGUUACGACGAAUCUCAAAAAAUGAUUUUUCUAAAUAUUAAAAAUUGGAUUUUUUAUAUACAAUUUAUAAAAUAAAUAUAAUUUUUAUACUUUA